AUGCGUCCUGACGCCCGCCGCUCACGGGACGUGGUGCCUGCUCGGGCUCCCCCUGCUCCGCCACCCGGCACAGAGGAAACCUUCCCUUAUCGCAGUGGCCCGUCACAGGUCACUCCUCACGCCGACCCCGUGGAUUCCGCAGAUUUGAGACAGACAGCAGCAGAGUUGGACAGCACUGCCAAGUCAGCUAUGGAGUCCUCAAGUGACGAAGAUUUUGUUCCUGAUUUUGAGGAUUACGACAGCGAUGACGACUUGUCAGAGGAAUCUGAGGACGACGAAGAGAUCAGCUGUCCUGAGAAGCCUGGUUUGUGUUCCAUGAAACACUUCAACGAGUGGCACGAUCAAGAGGGUGUGCCACAGAGCGAAGCAAGACAACAAGGGGCAGAAAGAUCGUGA